AUGGCUCUAGCACUGAUCUGGGUUGAAGCUCCUGACUUACCUAGCUGCCUGCUUUUCCACCUGGAGGUGAGCAAUAAAAAAGAGAGAGAUGAUCAAGAAAAGCAGCAGCAGGAAGAACAAGAAAAAACUGUAGAACACGCUUCCGUAAAGGAAACGGACAAAACCAGCCGUACAGGACGACAUCAGAGUCGAAGUGCCUUGUCCAGUCGCAAUGAUCGAAGGUCAGCCAAAAGUCCUCAAAAGACCGAUGCACCAAAGGAGAAUAAACAUCCCUUUGCUCUGUAUGGGUGGGGAGAAAGACAGACAGAUACUGGAAGCCAGAAAACUCACAAUGUCUGUGCUUCUGCUUCAGUGAACGAAAUUCACGAAUCUGCCCUACGAGCAAAGAACAGGAGACAAGUGGAGAAAAGGAAACUUUCUCAGAGGCGAGUACGAUCUGCAGAAGUGGAGAAAGCUUGGCGAGUAAAGCCUUCCCCACCAGAUAACCCCUGGAUGACAGAGUACAUGAGAUGCUACUCGGCACGAGCUCGGUGAAUUAUGAUUUCCUUAAGCAUCUUCAAAAAAGUUAAGCAUAUCAGGACACUGGUGCAAGGAACCAAACUAUUUAUGCAAGGUUUUUAUAGGGAGUUUCCAGCUGUUUGUUAACAAUAUUUGUAUCUUGGCUACCUACCUCACAGUGGGGUGUAUAGUUGGAGCCAUAACAUUUGAAGAAGCUUUUAGAUAUAGUGACCCAAAUUUUUAAACGGUUCCCCUUUUGGGAAUCUUUCUAAUAAGUUUUAGGGCCUCCUCUGGAGGUGGGAGGAGAACCUUGGAGUACUGGCAGCCUAAGCAAACAUUUUCUUGACCUUGGUUACAAAUAAUUUGUUGUCCCUUAACUUAAAAGUUCCUAAGUCCUCCAAAUGAUCAGGAGGUGGUGUUGGGGGAAGGCUUUAAAGGUGUGAUGGAGGAGCCUUUGCAUUUAUAAUACUAAUUGAUUCAACACUUCUGCCAAAAUAAGUAGAUCAAGACACAUAACAGGAAAGACAGUGGGUCUGGUAAGCAGCACUAAUAAAUGUGGAUGCUUUAUGUAGAUAACUGCCAAGUGUGUCCUGUAUAUAGAACCUUUCAAAAAAAAAAAAAACUUGUUUGGUGAAUCUGCUGAUAUUUUCUUAUUUUUUUAUUGCUAUUUUUAAGGUAAUUGGAAUAAAUUACUUGCCAGUCUUGGGACCAUUUAUUUUCAGAGCAAGGAACAGCUGUAGGAUUACUUUGAAUUGCUGUAACUAUUGUACCAAAUGACUGAUGUAGACAAUCAUUAUUUGAUAGCUGAUGCUCAAUAAGCAGUUGUUUGUUCUACCGAUAUCAACUUGGCAUCACUGUAAGCCUGUGGUCACACUUAUUUUGUGCUUAAUCAUUUAAAUGACAGCUUAUCAAUGGAGAAGGUUGGCUUCUGUGUAGUGAAGUCCAUUUUUAACAUGUAUGAAUAUCCUUCUAUGCUCAGUGGGGUCAGAGUGCAAUAUGCAUUCCAUUUGGUGGUAUUGUAUAAUGAGUAUACUGCUAGAGGUUUUAAAUUUGAAAAGCAUUUUCAUAAAAGUUGUAGAUGAAGUUCUGAGAUGCUUUCUGCCUCUCAAAAUUGGUGCAGAACCCCUCAUGGUGGAGGGGGUGGGGAUCAGGAGAGGCAGGAAAGGUACCCUUAGUAAUUCACAGUAUAUGAUGGAGUGUGAACGUUUUCUUUAUUUUUAUAUAGUAGAACAGUCAUUUGUCAGAUCGUCAGUGUUUUUUCUCCUCAAGCUGCUGUAAAUGAACUUUUUCAGUUUGGUAACUGAGCUCUAGAUAGAUCACUGUUGUAGUUGUGAGCUUCAAAGUUCUGUUGAAAUGUGCUGUGUGUUACCUUAUUUUAAUAGUUUUGAAGUUUUUUUUUUUUAAACAUAGACUAAACUCUGAACUUCUCAAGAAGCACCACUGCACUUCUGCAGUAGAAGCCUGGACCAGUCUUAGUUUCAUUGAAUGGUGAAUAACCAGGAUUCUAGAUUUACUAUUGCAAACAGGGAUAGAGUUAAAUGCUUAGUGAAAAGUUUGAUAGUUGUAUUAUUGAAAGGCUAACUGAAAAUAAGUAGAGGGACCAACACUGCUGCCUUCCAGUAUUAAUGAUUAAUUUCUGCUGUAAUCUUACUAAGCUGUCCCAGAUGCCAUGAAAUUACAACCUGAUUUUUUUUCCCCUGCCUUUUAAGCAUAAAACUACAAAAAUCUAAACAUAACUUUGUUUAGGCGCUUUCCCAGACUUUAAAAAAGCUUUAAUAUUGCUAGAAGGCAAAGUAUGAUUAAAAGUAUGCUUACACAUAAAAUAUGACUAUAUGCCAUCACUUAACUAAAUGUAAGACUUCAGACCAGUACCCAAAGCUGAGGUUAACUAUUCAGCUUGGAUGUCUUUAUUCAAUCUGAGAUUUUUCUUAUUGUCCAGUAUGCUGUUUUUUCUUUAUAUAACUGCUAUAAAUAUCAUCAAGUUGUUCCUGACACUGUUUCAUUUCAGAAAUCCAAUUUAGCUUUGAACAGUAGUGGCAGAACACUAGCAAGCAAUAUUUAAUAGCCCUGUUGAAUGAACUGCCUGUUACUGUAGCCCAGAAUACCGUAUACAGCUCUGACUUUGUAGACUUUUAAUGUAUGUAACCAUAGCAACUGGGCUCUGCCCUUAAUGCCUUUAUCUAAGUUAAUAACUCUUGUGUGGGGCACAACUCAUCUUGCCCUGCUUUCGAAAGAGCUUCUAGAGUUGUGUCUCUCUGCUGAGAAUGGAGGAGCCUAGAAGACCGUGUGCCUACCUACCUUAAGUACCUAUUUUAGCAUAAGAGGGAUCUCCUGCUAGAUGUCAGCCUUCUCAGUGAUCACAGGAGAUCUAAAUGUCUUCUGCCUUGGAUACAGGGUACCAAACUUGAGCCAUCUCAAAUAGGUGUUCAGGUGUUCUGUAGAGCAUGAGAAUCCUUAACCGCAUGAGGGCUGCUGGGUGCUGAGGAGCGUUUUAGGAGUUCUUAUCCUUAAUUUGUCUGGUCAAAAUCUGUCCCCUAUCAAAAACUUCCUAGAAGGCAGUAGUGAUGCUAAUGGGAUCCUGUGAGUCACUGUCAUGCUUUUAAAUAGUCGGUAGCUAAAAAUAAUCUUGAGUGCUACGCUGGUACUCUCUUGAUUUAAGUACUAUAAAGCUUGAAGUGAGGGGCAAAUUAUUUUGCAGAUCAGGUAGCUUUCCUGUAUUUCCCAUAUUUGGGAAUUAUUUGACUCUUAAACAUAAGGCUAGCAGGUUUGCUUUGAAUAUGUGAAGUAGUACCGUCCUGAUCACCGCUAAGUUGCGUAUACAAAAUAUUUGGCAUGUGACAGAGUGAAGUCUGGAAAAAAGCUAUUAGUGUUUUGAUGUGAAUCCUGACAAAAAGCUAAUCGACUUGGAAAGUAAACCAUUUCAAGUAUAAAAGCUUUAACUCUAUUCUUUAGACUUUUAACAGAGAAAUAAGGCUGUUGUGCAUCAAAUCACCCAUUCAAAAAUGGGAAAGCUAGUGAAGAUUUACCUAAUGAAAGUUCUGGACUUUGUCUUGCAUGAACUCUUGAAUUCAGCCAUGUGAUAAAUGCUUCUCACUCCUGUUUUAAAAGCAAGACUUUGUUCAGAAUAACACAGUAAAUAUUUGGUUGUCCAAAGUCUUCAUUAGAACCAUUCUUGUCUGUUCCUUUCAGUUUCUGAAAGCACUUGGCUUAGUGAAACUUAAGUCUUUCACAGUGUGUAACGCUGCAAUUUAACUAUUGUGUUGUGAAGACUAGUGUUUACAAUGUAAAAUGUUGCAAUGAAAACUGCAUAAGAAUGUCCCUGUAAAAUAGAGUAGCAUGCUUGCGCAAUCACAUCUUCACAACUAUAAGUUAGAUUUCUUCACUGGAAGCUAAGAUAGUCAAGGUGACACUUUAAAUCUAGAGACAAACUUAAACCUGGGAGGGACAGUCCUGAAUUUUUGGUAAAGAACUUUAUGCAGGUAGCAGAUGCACCUUUUAAUCAAUUUUUCUAGCUUGCAGGGAAAUACAUCUGCCCUCUUUUUUUAUACGGUGUAAUGCACUGGCUCUGAACUAAAGGCCUCAGACUUGUUUUUUUUUUAACCAGGACAGGGACCAAAAGCUAGCAAUCUGAGGGCCUACAUGCAGUAACCUGCAUAUUCCAGUUUAGUUCCCAGCUCAGUUAGUGCAUGCAGCAGCAAAGCCAUACAUGGAGCCUGACUCAAGACCCUGAUGGUAGCCCCAAAAGACUAGGGGGUAGAAGGGAGUAGGAAGCUGCCUCAGCUAUUGUUAGCACUGAAUUCACUUUAAAAACUAUAGGGAAAUACCAUCUAAGCUUGAAGCAAUAUGUGAUUUUUAAGAGUUUUUAAUAGUAUUUGGUUUUUAAAGCUUCUGUAUUGUAUGUAAUAGUGUAGUGUCAACUUGUAUAUGUGAAUAAAAAUAAGUGACACAGUGCCUUGA